AUGAAAGCUCACGCUUUCUUUAUCGGUGCCUCUGCGGCCCUCGCUAUUGCUGGAACAGCUCCCGCAAAGGAUAAUGAGAAUGACGCCCAGAAACGAACGCCCGAAUCCGGCAACAAGUACUGCGGCGGCAAAGAUGAACAUUGUUCCGCCAAUAACCAGUGCUGCAGCAAACAAUGCACUUGGCGCCCUGGCGACCCUCACAGGCGUUGUGAGGGAAAUUGA